GUGCGCAGGCGCGCCGGCUGCUCUCCUUUGGGCUCUUCCUUCUCCCGAUCUCCAGACGCCAGUAGCUGUUGGGUCCUAUGUCGCGUCGGGCCCUCCGGAGGCUGAGGGGGGAACAGCGCGGUCAGGAGCCCCUCGGGCCCGGCGCCCUGCAGUUUGUCCUUCGUGAUGACGACGAUGCGGAAGAAGAAGGGCCAAAAAGGCGGCCGGGUGGCCGGCGCCCCGGGGACGCAGCGAAGGAGGGCGUCCGAGUCAACAACCGGUUCGAGCUGAUAAACAUUGAGGAUCUUGAAGAUGAUCCUGUGGUGAAUGGGGAGCGGUCUGACUGUAUGCUCACAGACACUGCAGCUCCAGGGCACAAAGGAAGGGCUCAGCGUGGAAAUACAGAGACCAAGAGGGAUGGAGGUCCUUGAAGAAGUGGCUCUUCCCAGAGUUCUAAUGCAGGUAGCAAGCUCCGAAAGAAGAAAAAGAAACAGAAAAAUAAGAAAACCAGUACAGGAGAAACCUCGGAAAAUGGACUGGAAGAUAUCGAUCUCAUCUUAGAGCGGAUUGAGGACAGCAGUGGGUUAUACCGCCCAGGCCCAGCUCCCCUGAGCUCCAGGAAGCGCAUCUUGUAUGUGGAGCACAGACACUUGAAUCCAGACACAGAACUGAAGAGGUAUUUUGGUGCUCGAGCGGUCCUGGGGGAGCAAAGGCCACGGCAGAGACAGCGCGUGUACCCCAAGUGCACAUGGCUUACAGCCCCUAAGAGCACCUGGCCUCGCUACAGCAAACCAGGUCUGUUCAUGCGGCUGCUGGAGUCAAAGAAAGGCCUGUCCUUCUUCACGUUUGAACACAACGAGGAGUACCAGCAGGCACAGCAUAAGUUCUUGGUGGCUGUGGAGUCUAUGGAGCCCAACAACAUCGUGGUUCUGCUCCAGACGAGCCCCUACCACGUCGAUUCGCUCCUACAGCUCAGUGAUGCCUGCCGGUUUCAGGAGGAUCAGGAGAUGGCUCGAGACCUUAUAGAGCGAGCACUAUACAGCAUGGAGUGUGCCUUCCACCCGUUGUUCAGUCUCACCAGUGGGACCUGCAGGCUGGAUUACCGUAGACCUGAGAACAGGAGCUUCUACCUGGCCCUCUACAAGCAGAUGAGCUUCCUGGAGAAGCGAGGCUGCCCGCGUACCGCACUGGAGUACUGCAAGCUCAUUCUGAGCCUCGAGCCAGAUGACGACCCCCUGUGCAUGCUGCUGCUCAUCGACCACCUGGCCUUGCGGGCCCGCAACUAUGAGUACUUGAUCCGCCUCUUCCAGGAGUGGGAGGUUCAUCGGAACCUGUCCCAGCUCCCAAAUUUUGCCUUCUCUGUUCCACUGGCAUAUUUCCUGCUGAGCCAGCAAGCAGAGCUCCCCGAGCAUGAGCUCAGCGCCGCCCGGGAGAAGGCCUCUCUCCUGAUCCAGCAGGCACUCACCAUGUUCCCUGGAGUUCUCAUGCCCCUGCUCGAGUAUUGCAGCGUGCGGCCCGAUGCCACCGUCUCACAUCAUCACUUCUUUGGACCCAAUGCCGAGAUAAGCCAGCCCCCUGCCCUGAGCCAGCUGGUGAGCCUGUACCUGGGGAGGUCACACUUUCUCUGGAAAGAACCCACCACCAUGAGCUGGUUGGAGGAGAACGUCCGGGAGGUUCUACAGGCAGUGGAUGCUGGGGACCCCGCCGUGGAUGCCUGUGAGAGCAGGCGGAAGGCGCUCUACCAGUGCGCACCCAGAAACAUCUACCGCCAUGUGAUCCUCUCUGAGAUCAAGGAAGCCGUGGCUGCCUUGCCCCCGGAUGUGACCACACAGUCUGUGAUGGGCUUUGACCCUCUGCCUCCCCUGGACACCAUCCACUCCUACGUCAGACCAGAGAGGCUAAGUCCUGUCGGCCACAGAAAUACAAUCGCCCUCUUCUUUCGGUCACUGUUGCCAAAUUACACCGUGGAGGGGGAGAGGCCGGAGGAAGGAGUGGCCGGGGGUUUGAACCACAACCAGGGCCUGAACAGGCUGAUGCUGGCCGUGCGGGACAUGAUGGCCAACUUCCACUUCAACGACUUGGAGGCCCCGCGCGAGGACAACCCUGAGGGGGAGGGGGAGUGGGACUGAGGCACCACAGCUGCUGCACCCCCACACUGUGCAGUUGUGUUCCUGGUUCUGUCUGGUUGGAGUUGACCUGUUCCCUGAAGUAGAAAUGCUGCCUCUUCAGUCUCUCCUAUAAAUGUUGAUGGAUAUGCUC